CCAAAGAAUCUACAACCUGCACUCAGUGUGGAAAGAGUUUCACAUUCAAAUAUAAUCUUAAUGUUCACAUGAGAGUUCAUACUGGAGAGAAGCCGUUUACAUGUGAUCGUUGUGGGAAGAGUUUCAACCGAUCAUCACACCUUAGGAGACACAUGAGGAUCCACACUGGAGAGAAGUCAUUCACAUGUGAUCAGUGUGGGAAGAGAUUUGCAUACAAAGACAAUUUUAAAGCUCACAUGAGAAUCCACACCGGAGAGAGACCGUUCACAUGUGAUCAAUGCGGGAAGAGAUUCGCAUACAAAAAAAGUCUUGAGGUUCAUGUGAGAGUUCAUAAUAGAGAGAAGCCGUUCACAUGUGAUCAGUGCGGGAAGAGCUUCACACAAUCAUCAGAGCUUAAGAGACACAAGAGGAUCCACACCGGAGAGAAGCCACACACAUGUGAUCAAUGCGGAAAGAAAUUCACAUACAAACACACUCUUGAAAUUCAUGUGAGAAUUCAUAGUAGAGAGAAGCCACAUGUAUGCCAUCAGUGUUGGAAGAGUUUUACACAAAUAUCGCACCUUACAAUACACUUGAGAAUGCACGCUGGAGAGAAGCCGUUCACAUGUGAUCAGUGCGGGAAGAGCUUCACAAACAAACAACAACUUAAUGUUCACAUGAGAGUUCACACUGGAGAGAAGCCUUUCACGUGUGACCAGUGCGGGAAGAGCUUUUCAAAGAAAGAAAGUCUAGACGUUCACACGAGAGUUCAUACUGGAGAGAAACCGUUCACAUGCACUCAGUGUGGAAAGAGUUUCCCAUACAAAGAAAGUCUUAAACUUCACAUGAGGAUCCACACUGGAGAAAGACCGUUCACAUGUGAUCAGUGCGGGAAGAGCUACACGCAUUUUGCACACCUCAAAGACCACAUGAAUCUCCACACCGGAAAGAAGCCGUACGCAUGUGAUAAGUGCAGCAAAACAUUUCUCUGGGCAUCAAACCUGAAGAAACACCUGACAGUUCAUACGAAGAUGAAGCCACAUUCAUGUUCUGUGUGUGGAAAGAGUUUUUCACAGCUGCAGAGUUUACAGAGACAUGAGAAAAUACAUAUAAGAGAAGACUUUUAUUCAUGUGAAACUUUUAAAACUGCACCAGAGGAUCCACAUUGGAGAAAAACCAUACAAGUGUUCACACUGUGACAAGAGAUUCAAUCUGUUAACACAUCUGAAAACACAUGAGAGGAUCCACAGCAGAGAGAUUCCGCACACGUGUGAUCAGUGUGGAAAGAUUUUCACUAUUAAAAGUGAUCUGAAACGGAUCUAAGAACUGUAAGGACAGCCUGAAAUGGACACUUUUUGUGACAUUAACCUCAUCAUUUUUGAUCAAAGACUGAACUUCAGAAUUUGAACUAAUAUUAAAUAUUGCUCUGAACAUUUCAGACAGAGUUCAACAAACUUUAAAUUACUUUUUUCACAAAAUUAAAAAAAUAAAAAUGUGGGUGUGAUGGGGUUGACUGUGACAGGGUUGUGUUUUGUUUUUUUGCCUAAAUUGGCCACUGCUCUAAUAAAUGGAGAGCACAUGGCAUGCAUGAUAUUAAGAGAUCAUGAAUAAUGUUGUAAUAACAAAGAUAAUUUUCACAAGUAAUAGUUUUCUAUCUUUAAUUGUUGUAACAGGGUUGAGUUGUUAAGCUUGACCAACAUAAUUUCACAACAUAAUUUAGUUAUAAUUAUUAAAGAAGGUGGUAACUUGCCGGUGUAUCGGUUCAUUAUUUUUAUGGGGGAGAAUGAUUUGUGUAACAGAGUUGAGGGGUUACUGAGGUACAUAUC